AUGGGGUGUUUCUUGCGGCCAUUGCUGCGCAGCUUGCGCAACAAGUCCAAAUCCAAGUCCAAAUUGUCGUCGCAGGAGCGCCCAGAAGAAAAGCCCCCGCUGAGAGCCCCCGAACGCGGAGGAGCUGCCCCGGUCGUAACUGAAAAACGUCCGGUGAGCGACGAGCCCCAGACACCAUCUACGGCAAACCCGCCCGUGUCCACCAUUACGCUUGUGUCCUCGCAGUCUGGUGUCGCGACGGACGCGCCGCCAUAUGAACUGGCUGGCAGUUCACCGCCAACUUCUGAUUCGAAGCCUGUUCCACAGACUAUUACUGUUGAAGAAAGCAUCGCAGAGGUCAAGGACAAUGAAGUCGAUGGCAUUGUUGAAAACGACACUGAGGUCAAGGACACCGAGGUCAAGGACACCGAGGUCAAGGACACCGAGCCCAAGGACAUUUUCAAGGAAAAUGACACUGUGGACCGCGACAUUGUGAACAAUAGCAACCAGGACAAUGACGCUAAGCCCGACAUGAUCGCAGAAAACAAUGUCUUGAACAGCGACAUAGUUGACAAUGGUAUUGCAGACAGUGACACUGUGGACAACAGCUAUGAAGCGGGCGCCAUCAAACCCGACGAUAGCGCAGAAACCGACAUCUGGGCCACUGCGUACCAGUCAUUCGUCCGACGAGAAGGGGAAUUGGCCACAGCCUAUGAAACGCACCUUACUACCAUCACUGAUGCCGACAGUCCUACCCUGAGGGACUUGACAAGUACCGACUGGGCCAAGUCUACGGUCAAGCAUUUGGAAGAGAAGCGCCAGUCGAAUCAGUGGAAGUUUUCCUUCCUUGGGAGAGAUAUCAAAGUUCGAGAACAAGCUGAAAAGCUCACCAAAACCCUCUCUUUAUGUGACAGCGUCGUAAAACAGGCCCUGAGUGCACAGCCGUUUGCCGCCCUGGCAUGGUCUGGCGUAUCAAUUCUUUUGCCCCUUCUCGAAAAUGCAUCAACUGAACAUGGGUCCAUGCUGGCGGCUUUCGACUCUAUGCAGCGUGUCCUGGUCUACUGGAAAAUCUACCAUGAUGCCUUCCCAACCGAGAUCAGUGUUGAGCACAAUCGCGCGACAUGGGACCAGCUGGUCAAGCUGUAUUCUCACAUCUUUGAGUUUCAGGCUCGUGUCAUUUGUCACAUGUCCAAGACGCAGCUCUCACGUGGCUUGGAAAAUGCCACUGGCUCAAAUGAUUGGGAAAACAAGGCUGCACUCGUCGACAAGCUCAGCAAUGAUUGCAAGAAGUGUACUGACAUAGCACACGCUAGAGAGGCACAACGGAAUUGCGAACAGCGGCUGAAGGAGAUAUACGAGUCACGACAAGCCCUUCAAGGUAUUCAUGAACUUCUGGAAGAUGAGAGACGGCAGCGAAAAAGCGACCGUAACGAUGACCAAGAGCGCGCUCUAUUAUCGCUCCUAGCAGCAAAUCAUGAAGAGUACAAGAACUUCAAUCCUCCCAAACUUGAAGGCACUUGCGGUUGGUUCUUGGAAGAUGAACACUUUUGCUCUUGGAGAGACAGAAGCGAUUCGAGCCUUCUUUGGGUAUCGGCCGGUCCUGGGUGUGGAAAAUCCGUCCUUUCGCGCUCCCUCAUUGACGACUGGCAGCUCACCACAAGUCCCGCAACUUCUACCGUUUGUCACUUCUUUUUCAAAGAUGGAGACCAAAGCCGCGUGCACAGCCACGAUGCCCUUUCCGCCAUUUUGCAUCAAUUAUUCAUCCAAGAUCUGACGGGCAGAUUCAUGGAAAACGCUCUACAUCGACACAAGAAUUAUGGAGAUGCACUGCGCAAGAACUCUAACGAACUCUGGAAUACACUACUGGACUGUGCCUCCAAGCCGGACGCUGGCGAGAUCAUCUGCGUCCUCGAUGCACUCGACGAGUGUAGAGAAGAUGAGAGAAACAUCAUAGUGGAGAAGCUCACAGCUUUCUAUUCCAAUACUGAAACGGCAGCGCGACGCACAUGCCGACUGAAGUUCCUCAUCACAUGCCGACCUUACUACCAAAUCGAGCGCUCGAUUAACAGCCUGUCGGACGCCUCGUCUAUGAAAAUAGACGGCAAUGACAAAUCUCCAGCUAUCAGCGCAGAUAUCAACCUUGUCAUCGAUGACAAAAUCCCCAAUCUGCUCGGAAACUUCAGCAAACAGGAUCAAGAACGCAUUGCAGAACAUCUCAAGAGCAUGAACAAUCGCACAUAUCUAUGGUUACGCUUGACCUUUUCUAUCAUUGAAAAAAACCCUGUUAGCUACGGCAAGCUCUCAGACGUGAACGGUUUGCUCCAGGAGCUCCCCGAAGGACAUCUACAAGCUUAUGAGAAAAUGCUCAACCAAAUGAAUGACCUUCGCCACACUCCCAAUCUUUUACAGCUCAUUCUUGCGGCAAAUCGACCUCUCAGUCUCGAUGAGGCCAACCAUGCUCUCGCGUUGGCUGAUCCUGGACAAUCAGUCCAGCUCUGGCCGAGGGACUCAUUCAAAGAUAUCGUGAAGAAUUUUGGUGGCCUUCUUGUUGAUGUACACGAUUCCAAAAUCUCGUUCAUCCACCAGACGGUGAGAGAAUUCUUGACAAAGUCCUCAGAAGAUGAUGGCAAGAAAUGGAAAUGGAAGGGGCGUUUCAAGCCUCCCGUCUAUCAUAAGGCUAUCACUCGUGCUUGUAUCCGUUGCCUUUCACUACCGGAGCAGCAAUCAUCUGCUCAUGGUGUCACAGCAGCAAAAGAUGCCGAUGCAUUCUACCUAUAUGCUCACGAUUACUGGACGGAGCAUUGCAGAGAGCUGGACACGAAGAUAAGCGGGGAACUCCUACAAAAAGCAGUCGAGUUGUGCCACGUAGAUGUGAAGACCUCGCAGUGGGUGUGCUCUUGUUCCUUCCAGUGGACUGAUGAGCAUCUUGACCGUCACCAGCUGAAAUGGUACAAAAUGACUGACCUGGCAGUGGCAGCCUACUUUGGGCUGUUUUCAGUGGUUCGUGCCCUGAUCAAGAAAGGCAACGUCAAUAUCAACGCAAAGAUUCGUGAUAUUGGUACCGCCCUCCACAUGGCUUCGUGUGCAGGCUAUAUUAAUGUGAUCGAACUUCUCCUUGAUCACGGAGCCGACAUCCAUUCGACGAGCAAGAGUGGAGAAACACCACUCAUGCUAGCUGCCACAAAUGCUCAAAGGGAUGCGUUUGUAUUACUUCUCGACAGAGGAGCCGGCCAGAGUGAGGAAAUACCAAACCUCCUUGUUGCGGCGGCCCAGAUGCGGUCUUCGAAUGAGCUCACAGCCAUGAUUCUUGAGAAGCGGGGAGUGAAGAUUCAAAUCACGCCAGAUCUCCUCGUAAGGAUCGCAGAGAAAGGGUAUGCAUCUGGAACCAUAGAAGCCAUCUUUGACUACUUUGGAGACCAAGUGGAAGUAACACCAGACGUGAUCCUCGCAGCGGCAAGAAUAGAGUUUUCUGCGGUCUUCAUGAAUUUACUCUUCGAGAAACGGGGAGCACAAAUUGAGAUCACGCAGGAUGUUAUUGAAGCGGCGAGUUACUCGAGCCUGCAAUGCUUCAGAGAGAGACUAGGCGAUGAAAUUGUGCCGGAAGAGACUUUACUCAAAGCAAAAAUCAAGGAAUCACAAGCACUAAAAGAGAGGUGGUUCACACCAACCGACUCAAUCCUCUAUGAAGAACAAAUGGGCUCGUUCCAAACCACCACUAAUGGCGAUGUGAUCCAUCUUCCUAAAAUAAAAAGUGCGUUGCAGAGGGUUUGCUAG